UUAUGUUAUACUAAUGGUAUUUAAAUAUAUGUGGUUAUAAAGUGACUAAAAAAUAUGGAUUCAACAAAAUCUAGAAAUAAUAAUGAACAAAUAAUUGAAUGUGAGCAAGCAAUAGAAAAUUUUAAUUCUAUUAAUAAACAUACCGAAGAAGAGUUUCAGAACUUUAUGCACCGAGUAACUGAAAUUGAAAAAAUUGUAUCAAAAUUAGCAUCUUCCGAUACUAAAGAACAAGAACUUGGUCAAAUAUUAGCAGACAAAAUUUUAGAUAAGAAAACUCAGGAAGAGAUCUCUGACCAGGAAGAAUUAAAAAUUAAAACUAAUCGUACAGUCAUUAACAAAUAUUCUAGAAAUGAAAGUACAUCCGAUCCAAAUAAAAUGGGACAAGAAGCUUUCAUGAAAAGUAUUGAAAAAGAUGCUAAUGAACGAGCAGCAGAUAGAAAGGUAAAAAGAGAACGAGCAGAAACAUUAAAGAGAAUUGGAAAUGGUGCAUUUAAAGAAGGAGAUUAUGAAAAGGCUGUGACAUAUUUUACCAAAGCAAUAGAACAACGUAAAGAUUCUAGUGUUCUUUGGAAUAAUAGAGCUUUGUCAUAUAUGAAUCUGAAAUUAUUUGAAAAAGCUUUACAUGACUGCAAAUGGGCUUUGAAAGUAAAUGAUUCAAACUUGAAAGCUCUGUUAAAUAGCGCUAAAUGUUAUAAAAAUCUUCACAAUGAAGAAAAAUGCAAAGAGUUUAUUAAACUAGCAAGAGAAAAAAAUCCACAUUUCAAAAAAUUCAUUGAUGGUAUUAAACUCUUUAUAUCUUUUUUUUUUUUUUAAAUUACAUUUUUCUGCAGAAUUUAGAUAUCAUUUAUUAUUGCAGAUUUUGAAAAAAAUUUAGGUACAAUAGACGCAAUUGACGAUGUUUAAAU